CAGAUUUGUAAAGAUGAAGAGAAUGUGGGAUAUCGGACAAGCUUUUGGUAACUUUCUCAGCAAGACAUCUUUGAUUAGGAUAAGCAAGCUCGCACCAUACAUAACUGUUAUGCAAUUGAGUAUUGCUAUGUAAGGUAUACACAUAUCUUAGUCCAAGUUAAAACUCUGCUUUGGCUGGGGUCCGCUCCAGGGGAUGCGUCAGGAACGGUCGACUUGUGCCUCGACGCGACAUUGUUUCUCUCUUUCCUCACCUUAGGGGUAGUCUCAGCACCAUGCCGCCAAAAUUUGACCCCAAUGAUGUGGUGGAGGUGUGCGUGCGUGUGACGGGUGGCGAGGUUGGUGCCGCCUCCUCGCUGGCUCCUAAAAUUGGUCCUCUGGGUCUGUCGCCCAAGAAGAUUGGUGAGGAUAUCGCCAAGGAGACAGCCAAGGACUGGAAGGGCCUUCGCAUUACCGUCAAGCUGACGGUCCAGAACCGUCAGGCGAAGAUUUCGGUCAUUCCCUCGGCGGCCGCGCUGGUCAUCAAGGCUCUUAAGGAGCCACCGCGGGAUCGCAAGAAGGAGAAGAACAUCAAGCACUCUGGCAGCGUUACGAUGUCGGACAUCAUCGAGAUUGCUCGCGUGAUGCGGCCUCGCAGCUGUGCAAAGGACUUGGCGAACGGCUGCAAGGAGAUUCUUGGGACAGCAGUGUCCGUGGGCUGCAAGGUGGACGGCAAGGACCCGCGCGAUGUCAUUGCCGCGAUCAAUGACGGCAGUCUGGAGGUCCCAGACGCCUAAGCGACCAGCUGCUUGCGCUUUUGAGGGGGAGCCGCAAUUGUAACGUGUGGACGGAAAUUGUCAAUGGUGACUUCACGUCUCCUCGCCGCGCAUGAUUGCACAUGGGCUGUUCGUAAGGAAGAGUGGAUUUAUAACAGAACUUCUCCAUGCUACUAGGUGCCUAAGUGCAGCGUUGGGCGCCCCAUCACCAUUCGCGGCUCCCGGCAUGCAGCCGGCGUCCGCAACGGAAACGGCAAGCCGCCCUUCCACCAGGCCCGCGCUAUAGGAUGGCAUGGGGCCCUCAUGCUCAUGGGGUUAUUUUGCUUCUGCUGGCCCAUCUGGCGGCGCGCAGACUGCAAUCGCCUACAUCCCAACGCGUGGCGAUGGGGGAUUAUGGGAACUAUGAGCUGUAACUACAGGAACGG